AUGGCUACCCUGGUAGCUGAGAGGGCCCAGAUGGGAAGCUUUACCUUGUUGGCAGUGCUGGGCAGUGGCAGUUCCAGGCAGCUUUUGGACGACCUCUUCGUACAAAGCAAGUAUCGACCAGGGCUUUCUUGCCAUCAUCGUUUGCCGCUGGCAGCCUACCAGGCGGGUUCCAUCCUGGUGAUUUGGGACUACACUCGCUUGGGUGAAGAUUCGCGCAAGUUCAUUCUGCUGCAGCCUGGGCAAAGCUGUUCGCAUCUCUUCUUCAGCAAGGAUGCGGAACAUCUUUUGGGCUUUUGGAGAUGCAACGGACGACCCAUGCUGGCGGUAUGGCGGACCAGCAGUGGCAUGAAGGUGGCAGAGCAUACCUUGUCAGACGUGGCUGCAGCUUCGCCCAUCUGGGUGGACUAUCAUCGUGAGACCGAGCACUUGGUGAUCCUCCACGAACUUUCAGUUGUGUCGGCGUCGGUGUUCUUUACAGAUGAAAGUUUGAGCCUUCGGCCAGUGGCCAUGGGAUCCCUGGGAUCCCUGGGCACGGCAGAGUCCAAGCUCCUGGCGGUUCGACUCAUCAACGAUGCACGGCACUUUGCAGUGGCCGAGGCAGAUGCCGUCCAUUUCUGGAGCUAUGCAGGGCCACGCAGCGUGCCACAACAGGUCUUGCGUGUGGAUUUGCCAAAGCCGUUGAGGAGCUUUGAAGUUGAAGGGCGUUUGGCCUACCUGCUGCCGGAACAAGGAAAGCUGCAGGUAAUGAAUUUCCAAGGAGAACGGGUGCAGGUGGCUCAGACAUCUCUGCAACCUUCUUCUUUUGAUGCAAAGGGUGGCACCGUGUGUGUCGGCUGCGCAGAUGGCUCUCUGAUGCUGUCCCGAAAUCCAUGCCCCGAUCGUUGGAAGACGUGGCCAUGCCCUGCCCAGCUUUCCAUGGAUGGAAUCCCUCCAGGGAUUCUGUGGCUGACCUUGGCUGCCAACGAGGACUAUGCCUGUGUUUGCUUCGAGGAUGCCACACACGGAGUCAUUCACUUAAGCUCCGGUCAGUACGUUGCCCUUCGCGCCGGGCAUGUUGGUGGCAUUGGGAAUAUUUCUAUGGCUCCUUUGCUGCGAGCCCCUGUGAGUUUGGCCGGGCGUGUGCUGGACAUGGAGAGAAUUCUGAGAACAAAGGCCUUAGCUUUCCUCAGUGUCGGAGAUCAGAGGCGAUGUCCACUGAAUCGUCGUGGUUUGGGCUGCAUUGCCUGGCCCAAGCAAGGGCCACCGGCACGUGGGUUCUUGGAACGUUUGCCAAACCUUCCGGUGAAAGGCUACGAGAGCUGGGGUGGCCCAGUGGCUAAAGGGCGGUAA